GUCCGUGUGUAGUGGCGGCUCGCUGCCCUCAGCGGCGGCGCCUGACGAAAGUGGUGCGGCCGCUGGGUGCGGUGUUCAGGGGUCGUGCGGCGUGCGGCGGCUACGAGGGCGAAGACGACGACGACGACCGGCAGGCCCGGCACCUCCAACCGCGGAGUCGCCGCUCCUGCCCCUUCUCCGGCCUCUGGCGGCGCCCGGCCCACGGCUUCCUCCUUUCCUGCUCAGCUUCGCGCGGGCCUCGGGGCCGCGGCGGCUAGAAGUACCGAGGGGGAGCCGAGAGGCCCUGGUCGGCCGCGACCGUCCACGCGCACUCCACCCCGCCCGGCGCGGGCUCCAUGUGAAGGAGGGAUCCGGCCCGCGCCAGACUCCUCGCGCGCCCCUCCGGCCCCCGGGGGCCCGCGGCCUCCCGCGACAGGGGGGCGCGGUGACAGGCCGCGCGGGGGCGGAGGGGCGGGCUCGGAGGCAGCGGCUGCCCCUCCUCGGGCCUGCGGCUCCCUACGUCCCCGCGGAACGGCCGGAAGUAAAGAAUGCUGAUGGAAGAACCAUUUUCUUAAUUUUCAAAUUGUUGAGCUGGUUGCCAUGAUGGAUGAUCAGCAAGCUUUGAACUCAAUCAUGCAAGAUUUGGCUGUUCUUCAUAAAGCCAGUCGACCAGCAUUAUCUUUACAGGAAACCAGAAAAACAAAAGCUUCAUCACCAAAAAAGCAGAAUGAUGUUCGAGUCAAAUUUGAACAUAGAGGGGAAAAAAGAAUCCUUCAAUUCCCCAGACCAGUUAAACUGGAAGAUCUGAGAUCUAAGGCUAAAAUUGCCUUUGGACAGUCUAUGGAUCUCCAUUAUACCAAUAAUGAGUUGGUAAUUCCAUUAACUACCCAAGAUGACUUGGACAAAGCUGUGGAACUGCUGGAUCGUAGUAUUCAUAUGAAGAGCCUCAAGAUAUUACUUGUAAUAAACGGAAGUGCACAGGCUACUAAUUUAGAACCGUUGCCAUCACUAGAAGACUUAGAUAACACAGUAUUUGGAGCAGAGAGGAAAAAGCGACUUUCUAUAAUAGGUCCCACUAGUAGAGAUAGAAGCUCCCCACCCCCAGGAUACAUUCCAGAUGAAUUACACCAGGUUGCCCGGAAUGGGUCAUUCACUAGUAUCAACAGUGAAGGAGAGUUCAUUCCAGAGAGCAUGGACCAAAUGCUGGACCCAUUGUCUUUAAGCAGUCCUGAAAAUUCUGGCUCAGGAAGUUGUCCAUCCCUUGAUAGUCCUUUGGAUGGAGAGAGCUAUCCAAAAUCACGAAUGCCUAGGGCACAGAGCUACCCAGAUAAUCAUCAGGAAUUUUCAGACUAUGAUAACCCUAUCUUUGAGAAAUUUGGAAAAGGAGGAACAUACCCAAGAAGGUAUCAUGUUUCAUAUCACCAUCAAGAUUAUAAUGAUGGUCGUAAAACUUUUCCAAGAGCUAGAAGGACCCAGGGGACCAGCUUCCGAUCUCCUGUGAGUUUCAGUCCUACUGAUCACUCUUUAAGUACUAGCAGUGGAAGCAGUAUCUUUACCCCAGAGUAUGAUGAUAGUCGAAUAAGAAGAAGGGGAAGUGACAUAGACAAUCCUACUUUGACUGUAAUGGACAUCAGCCCACCCAGCCGCUCGCCUCGUGCUCCAACCAACUGGAGAUUGGGCAAACUGCUUGGCCAGGGAGCAUUUGGCAGGGUCUACCUCUGUUAUGAUGUCGAUACAGGGAGAGAAUUGGCAGUUAAACAAGUUCAGUUUGACCCUGAUAGCCCUGAGACCAGCAAGGAAGUAAAUGCACUUGAGUGUGAAAUUCAGUUGUUGAAAAAUUUGCUGCAUGAGCGAAUUGUUCAGUAUUAUGGCUGUUUGAGGGAUCCCCAGGAAAAAACACUUUCUAUAUUUAUGGAAUAUAUGCCAGGGGGUUCAAUUAAGGACCAAUUAAAAGCAUAUGGAGCUCUUACUGAGAAUGUGACUAGGAAAUAUACCCGUCAGAUUCUGGAAGGCGUACAUUAUUUGCACAGUAAUAUGAUUGUUCAUAGAGAUAUCAAAGGUGCAAAUAUUCUGCGAGAUUCAACAGGCAACGUCAAACUAGGAGAUUUUGGGGCCAGCAAACGGCUUCAAACCAUCUGUCUUUCAGGGACAGGGAUGAAGUCUGUCACAGGCACACCAUACUGGAUGAGCCCCGAAGUAAUUAGUGGAGAAGGCUAUGGCAGAAAAGCAGACAUCUGGAGUGUGGGCUGUACUGUGGUGGAAAUGCUAACUGAAAAGCCUCCUUGGGCAGAAUUUGAAGCUAUGGCUGCCAUCUUUAAAAUUGCCACUCAGCCAACAAACCCAAAGCUGCCACCUCAUGUCUCAGACUAUACUCGAGAUUUCCUCAAGCGGAUCUUUAUAGAGGCCAAACUAAGACCUUCAGCUGAUGAACUGUUAAGGCACAUGUUCGUGCAUUAUCACUAGCAGCCAGUAACCUCUCCUGUGCCUCUACCCAGCUCCCAUCAAUUCAUUCACCUUCUCUCUGACUGCACUUUUCUUUUUUAUAAAAAAGAGAGAUGGGGAGAAAAAAGACAAGAGGGAAAGUAUUUCUCUUGAUUCUUGGUUUAAAUUGUUUAAUAAUAAUAGUAACCUAAAUUUUUUAUAUUUAAUCUUUUUUUUCCCUUACAAGAACUUGAAACUCCUUUUUUUUUUUAAUUUUUUUAUAAUGUACUGAUGUGGUUCAGAGAGAUAAAGCACUUUAGUACAUAGUUGCUCUUUUUAGUACAAACAAAUCAUUUAGAAUACCUAAGGAUUAUAGAGUCUUUCCCCAUGUCACUGACAGAUUGGUGGUGAUGGGGAGACAUGGAAAACAAGGAGAAGAAAAUGAUGUAUGAUUUGUAGUUUUUAGUGAUUAGUAUUUAAAAUAGAUCCUCAUUUAUGGGGUUGAGCCCUAAACUUGAGUUUAGGGUAGGUACUCAACUUAAAGAAUAUAGGUUCCUUCUUAUAUCUGUAUUCUUUAGAUCCUAACCUCUGUCUACCAGGCUUUUUGCUCAGUAGGAGUCUUGAUAGAAAAUAUGAAUCUCUAAGAGGUAUGUUUGUUAAUCCUAACCAGUAUAAUAAGCAAAUACACUAUAAUAGAUCCAUGUUACUGGAAUCUGUAUACCUUGAGGGAUAGCUUUCAGCUUAAAAAAAAAAAAAAA